AUGAAAAUGAUCCUGCGCCUGAGUUUGCUCGCCCUGGGGGCAGCCUACAUUUGUGCCCUCGAUAAAGACAACUCCGAUUCCCAUUCCAUGGACGUGCUAGUGGCAGAGACCCUCACUCUUCUCUCCACACACCAAACGCUGCUGAUCGGCAACGGGAGCCUAUGGAUUCCUACUCCUGAUCGUAUAAAUCACCUACUGUGCAUUGAAGACGUCUUUCAGGAAAUAGACGCUUUGAAGAACAAAACUGUACAAGGGGGUACUGUAGAAAAACUGUUUCAAAACUUGUCUUCGAUUAAAAAACGCAUAGACAAGAAAAAAGAAAACUGUGGCAAGAUAAAGAGAGUAAAAAAAUUCCUGGAUUACCUGCAGGAGUUUCUCGGCGUAAUAAAUUCUGAGUGGACAAUGGAUAAUUAA